AUGGUCAAGUAUAUCAACAGAAUCGUUGGAAAAGACGCAAUCCGUCUCAACAAGAUGAUGACCUCGUUCAUCGAGCACGAGUCCAUUGUUACCACUAGAAAGCAUGCCAAGCGAGUAGUUGAGCGAUUCGACCAGAUUGUUAACACCGCGAAGCGACAGGGCGUCACUCCCGACGCAUACAGAGUUUAUCAGAAGACUCUCAACGACCUGCCCAACAGCGUCAAGAAGAUCCAGGAGAUCCUGCUGCCCCGAUACCAGUCUCGAAACGGAGGUUACGCCAGAAUGCUCCGUCUGGAGCCCCGUCUGGGAGACAAUGCGCCCCAGGCUGUCGUCGAGAUGGUUGACGGAAACAAAGAGUACAAAUUCUGGAUGGCUGCUCGAGUGGUGGCUCGUCUGAGACAGCAGGGUCUGCCCGUGGACUCCAAGACCAAGGCCCAGGUCCAACAGGUGACUCAGGGCUCUCCCGAGCGAGCCGACAAGUUUGAGGAGGCCGUCAAGGAAAUGACUGAGCGGUUCUACCCUGUUCCAGAGAAGAUCCAGGGCUCCGGACCUCUGCCCAAGAAGGCUGGUUCCGGUGGCAAGGGAUACAAGCAUUGUCCUCCUCCCAAGAUGCUUUAA